CCUAGCACUAACAAUGCAUUGCCAAUAAAACAACAGCGAAUAGAUACCAGACACUCAGACCUUUUUCCCUACCCUCUGAUUCCGGAUAAAUGCAUUGACCCUCACGAGAGGCGUCUAAGGAAGACCCAGAUGAGUAUCUCCACAGCGCAAGAAAUAGCUAACUGUUUUACGGAAACAACAUCAACUGAAUGGGGCAGCAAAGACGUUGCUGCUGCACGCGCCUCUAUAGAACCAACCAUCACGCCACUCAACGAGAAGUUCAUUACCUACCAUCCCUCGCUGGGCCCAAUCGAUGGCGUCUGGGUUGUGAAAGAGUCAGACGAGAAGUCGAUCUGGGUGGUUGCUCCUGAACCUCUUGGCCUCCCGCAUACCCAUGCGGGUGGCCGAGAGUUCCACUUUCACCCAGCUGGUCUAGCAGCACGGACGACGACAUGUCCCCCAUACCAAUCAGAUCCUAUCGAAGCGACUCUGAAUCCGCGCCGAUCGCUCUCGGCCCAUGACCUUCAUAUACUCAGAGAGAUGUUCCCGACCGCUAUAGGCGCU